AUGACCCAUACCGCGCCGCAGCCGUCCAGCGAGAAGACGGAGGGCCGACACGGGCGACCUCGCUGGUCAGCUCGGGAUCGCGGUCUCCAGGAGCAUCCAGUGCGCAUCGCCAUCCUUGGAGUGGGAUAUGCUGGUACAACUGCCGCGAUAUCCCUUUCGCAAGUCCCAGGACUGCAUGUCGAGUUGUUUGACGCAGCAAGUGAGCUGCGCGAGAUCGGAGCGUCUAUUGGUAUCCAGCCAUGUGCCCUCAGAUGCCUUGAGAAGCUGGGGCUCGGCCAGGAAGUGGACGCCCUAGCCUACCGACACGGCGAGUACCCCCUGCUCCUUGUGAAGCACGCAGAGGAGAAAGCCGGCCCCGUCCGUCUCCUUAAACGUGUUGCUGCAGUCAAGUCGAGUGUUGAGGGUGUCAGGGUGCGCUUCGAGGAUGGGACAGAGUGGUCGGGUGACAUGGUUAUUGGCUCGGACGGUAUCCGCUCACCUACUCGCGCUAGCUUUUACCCAGACUACAAGAUUGGACGAGGCGUGAGCGUCACCCUGCGUGGCGUGUUCCCAACGUCAGUUCUCGAGGACGCUGGCAUUCAAUUGCCGCCAGAACCAUGCCACUGGCCCGGCCCCGACCGCUCGUUGUUCACGUCUCCUUUAAAACCCGGUCUCUUCACCCUCGUCGCCUUUGUCCCCACCAGGCUAAUCCCCGGCGCCGAUAUUGUGGGAUGGGGUGCAGCCACGGAGGUCACGGAUCUCGCCUCAGUCUUCAAGGGUUGGUACCCACCGCUGGCCAAACUGUGUGCUGUUGCGCCGCCUCUCAAGAUCUAUCCCGAUUGGAACGGCCCAACAUUGCCGUCACUCACUGUUGGAGGACGCGUUGCGCUCCUCGGGGACGCGGGACACUGUCAUGGCGGCGCGUUUGCAGCGGGCGGGACGCUUGCCAUUGAGGAUGGAUACACGCUCGGUCUUUGUGUCGACGAAGUGGCACAGCGAGCUGCUCUGGAGGGCCGACCAAUGGAGGGCAACGACAUUGCCACUGCGCUGUCACUGUUCGACAAGUGUCGACUCCGGCACGUCAACCGCUUGGUGGCUGCAGCCCAUAGUCUGAGGGACAGGCGUGCUCAGAAGGACAAUCACGUUGCGAGUGAGGCCGAAAUUAACGCAUACGUAACCACGCACGCCGAUGUGGCGUGGCUAGCCGACAACGAUGCCGAAGCAGUGUUCGAUCAGGUGGUCGCCAAUGAGCUGUUAGCCAAAGCAGUCGACGAGUCGCUGGGCCGCGACACUGGUACGGCUGAGGUGUAA